CACAUACACAUCCCAUCGCUUUAACCCACAAAUUCAACCCCCGCCCCUCCCCCACACCCAGGGUGAUGCAGCUGCUCUGGACUCUCCAUACGCGCAUGCACGGGCACGCAUAUACGCUCCGGAAUUGUUCAUUUGAUUAAGCAGCCACCCAAAAAAAUGGCUAUGAGUAUGAGAAAUCAAGUGGGCUGAGUUUUGUUUGCCAAAAUGUCGAAUAACGAACAUGUUCCGAGCACGUUCCGGGCUCUGGCGGAAAGCGCCGAGCGUAAAUUCGCCCGGGUGCGCGACGUGCCAUUGCAUCCAUACGGAAAAAGUGGAGCCCACUUCGGCCAUUUCUUCCACAAAGUUUUUAAAGCUUACAUGCGGCUAUGGAAGUACCAGCAGGAGAAUAGGCUGAAGCUGGUGGAGUCGGGGCUCCAGCGUUGGGAAAUUGGGGAAAUUGCUUCUCGGAUCGGCCAAUUAUAUUUCAACCAAUACUUGAGGACCAGUGAAGCUAGAUUCUUAUUCGAAGCGUAUAUAUUUUACGAGGCAAUUUUUAACCGAAACUAUUUUCAAGGUUCGAUCAAGGAUCGUGGAGUCAGGUUCAAGGAGUUGAGGUUUUAUGCCAGAUUUGUCAUGGUUUCAUUGAUUUUGAACCGCGGGGAAUUGGUGAAGAUGCUAGUUGCAAAGCUCGAGGCUCUGGUUGAGGAUAGUAAAACCAACUUUCGGGAUACGAACUUGAAAGAAUGGAAGCUGGUGGUGCAAGAAAUUAUGCGAUUCUCAAAAGCUGAAUCUGCCUUUCGGAACCGUCGACCUUUGCGUUAUCAUGCCAUAUUUGACUCGUAUCCAGCCUCUUUACCAUAUGUGGCCAGAUUCAAUGCUAAGAGACUUCUAAAGUUGCACGAUGCUGUGCUGACAAGCUAUCAUAAAAAUGAGAUCAAAUUUGCAGAACUCACUUUAGACACUUUCAGAAUGCUGCAAUGUUUGGAAUGGGAGCCUAGUGGAUCUUUCUACCAAACACAUCCCAUUGAAUCAAGAGAGAAUGGUACUCUGUUGGCUGAUCAUUCUCUGACUUCGGGACUGAUAGAUAUGAAGUUGGUGGCUGAGAUGACAGAUCCAACUUUGCCUCCAAAUCCUAAGAAAGCCGUUCUCUAUCGCCCAUCGGUGACACAGUUAUUAAAUGUGAUUUCUACGAUUUGUGAGGAACUUCCGUUGGAUAGUGUUAUGCUUAUAUACUUGUCUGCCCCAGGGAGUUCUGGUUAUGGAAGUAGUACUUCACAAAUGGUUAGCUCUGGGAAUCCAAUAAAAUGUUUGAAACUCAAUCCUGAACAGAACAGUUGUCUAUGUGAAAAUCAUCUCACUGUUAAAGGAGACUCAAGUCACUAUUUUGAUAACUACUUGUGGUUAGGUCCAAGUCGAAAUGGAGGUUCAAAUAUCUUAUUCCCUGGUGAUAUAAUUCCUUUCACUAGAAGACCUCUCUUUUUGAUAGUAGAUAGUGAUAACAGCCAUGCAUUCAAGGUUCUUCAUGGAGCAGAAAGGAGUGAACCUGCUGCUUUAUUUCUUUCUCCUUUAAGAACUUCAUUCAAUAAACGGAGUGGUGCCAAUAUGGCACAAAAUGGAAGUCAGUUCACCUUGUUCUUGACUACUCCAUUACAAGCUUUCUGCCAGACGGUUGAUUGCAAUUCAUCUGAUGAUGAUUCUGAUGUGUACAGUGAUGCAGAGACCAUUUUGUCCGCUGCCUUCUCCGAGUGGGAGGUGAUCCUCUGUACAUCUACUGACCUUGAUCUUGUCUGGGCUCAACUUCUGUCGGAUCCAUUUCUAAGGCGGCUUAUUCUUAGAUUUAUCUUCUGCCGUGCUGUUCUGGCUCUAUUUCAAGAAAGUGAUCAUCAAUAUUUACCCAUAUGCUUGCCCGAACUCCCAAGUUCUUUAUCACCCAACUCCAACGUCGUGCAACCUUCUAUCCAACGUCUUGCGAAUCACCUUAAGGUUGCCAACUGUUUUCUCUUUUGUGACUAAACAGUGGAAGGAUCAGAAAUUAUCUUCAAGGUCCGAAGGAUAAUUUUCCGCCUUCUAUAGAGAGUUAUUAUAUCGGUUUGGUGAGAUAAAAGACUUCCAGUAACCCUCCGGUAACCCCCAGACCAGCAUUUCAGGGCGCAGAAAAUUUUUGCCGUGCAGUUGUAAAGUGUUCGUUUUUUGGGACGGUUCAAACUGGACUUGGCUGGCAAUAGAAGGGAUACAUUUUGUGUUCGAAAUUCUGUUUCUUCAUCGUUAUUUCCUUUUCUGGAGAGCUGUUCCGGAUACAGGAUAUUUUUGGUGCAUGGUAUUAUUCCAGUUCUUAUAGUUGGUAUAAAAUUUAGAUCUAAUUUACUCAUACUUUCUGUAAAAAGGAAUUGUGUAGUUGAAUGAGUGUUUCUUUUUGAAGUUU